AUGAUAAUAAAAAAUACCGGGACCUCUACAUUUAUCUGGCUCCCAGUUUACUUUUACAAUGAGCCUUUAAAUUUGAAACUUGUAAUUUCAAUUUUCGAAUUAUUAUCCUACAUUUUAUGUGGUUACAUUUUGAAUUUAAGUAUCUACGUUAUGUCGAAAAUUCAACUAUUCCAUAAAAACCUCAUGUUCCUAACAGUUCCACUAUUUGCAAUAUGGUAUGAACUUAUAAUCGGGAAAUUUAUCACUAUAGCAUAUAGACUUAAAAUUGUUAAUCCGGGGGUUGAGCUCGGCGAGCACACUGUUUUCUGGACAAAUGACCCGGAUAAAAUACUUGAAGUUGGAGGUUCCAGUGGGUUAGAAUUAUUGAUUUUCGGCGGUUUUCUACAGUGGCAUACUAUUUAUAGCAUUGUUUUUGGGAUUUUGGCAGUUGCCACCGAGAGGACUAUUGCAUCGGUUUAUAUUAAGGACUAUGAAUCUAAAAAAAGAAUUUGGAUACCAAUUUUUCUAAUAAUUAUCUGUCAAGUAUUGGCUAUUUUCAUGACUUUUAUUGUGAUAAACCGGAAAGUUCACCCCAUUAUCGCCCGUUUGCCAUUUAUAUUUUUGUGCCCAAUUUCUUUUGCGGUAUGGCUUUUCGUGAAGAACAAGAACAAAACUCUUCAAAAAGAGAUUCAAAAUCCCAAGAGAACUCGAAUUUUCACACUUUCACAGCAGUGCCAAGUCAAGGAGAAUUUGCGAGCAUUAAGGCUCGGAACACGCUUGGUGGCUGUGGUGCUGGUUUAUAUUAUGGUGUGCUUUUUGGGUAUAGUUUCACUAACUUUUGACCUGAUUCCUGGAGUUUGUGGGCAUUUUGUGGAGAAUUUUUUGUUUUUCCACCCCAUACCAAUCUGCCUAACUGCAAUGUUCAGCAUACCCCGUUGGAAAACUGAAUUUGAAAAAAGUUACCUGCCUUGGAAAUAUCGACGAAAUCUUCGAAAAAUUCGCCAAAUGUCGAUGGAAAUUGAAGAGGAUUCGAUCAAAAAAAUCAGUUUGGAAACUGAUUUGUAUUUUAAGCAGUUGGCAGAGUCGUGGAUUUAGGGUCUUGUUUCAGUUAAUAUGUACCUUUUUUUUUAAAUAUGUACCACUUUUAAAAUAUUUUAAAUUUAAAAAUUUAAGUGGAAUAUAAAAGAUUUGAACGCCAAAA